AUGCUAGAGAAACAGGGUCUUACGUGGGGUGGCUUCAUCCAGUGGAUCUCCGGUGCAAAUGGCCAUGGAAAAGCUCGCUGGGAUGGUUUCUUCUCUUGCCCAAACGAUGUCGUCAAUGUCCUGGACCUGUGGGUGAAUCAGUCAUCCGACAUUGGGAGAAGAACGGUAGAAGAAUGGGCCUUGGGCGUGGUCGCGCAAGUCGUUGAAGCAGAGGCUAAGGUAACAACGGAGAGCAACUUACUGCAGACCAGAACCCAGCCGUUCACGAACGAGCGCAUUCUCUCCUUCGACCUUACAAGUCUCCACAACCGCAUCUUCGGCAUGUGCCCGGCGAUGACCUCCCUCCUCACUCGCUUUGCGGAAACCCCUCGGCAGCACCAGACCGUAACGGCACGGAUGAUCCGUAAGAAACGACGAAUCGGGACAGUUCUCGUUGAUCUGUUGGGAGAAAGAAGUCAGAAAAAUAGCCUCAUCAAGCACAUCAACGCACUCUACUUCUAUGCCACCGGGACAUCGCGCCAGUCCAUCUCAGUCGCAUCAGCUCUCGGAAUAUGCAGCAGCUACACCACCAUCGUUGGGAGCACAAAGGUGAAGCCUGAGACGCCCGCGUCUCUCUGGCGGGGUGCGGGACUGCUCCGACGAAUAGGCUACUCUUGCCGCUUGGCUGCUCGGAAAUUGGCUCACACUUCCCUCGCUGGCUAUGUCUAUGACAACAUCAACGUCGCGUUCAAGGUGUCCGAACAGGUUCUGGGGCAUCAGGACACUCUUGAGAGCGGCACAUGUGCUACCAUCUUCUCGCUGUUUGACGCCUCGCCUGCCGACAUGAAGACUGAAGAUCUUGUUUCCUCAAUCAAGACAGCCAGACCUCUGCAGAUGGGCGACCUUCGCCUCACAACUGACGACCUGAAGCUCUUCGACAAGUCUAUCACUCAUGCUAUAUUACGUGUCAUUGUUCACAGCGACCUCGCAUUCUCCAAAUUCCGUCAACGCACAUCAAUACACCCGCUUCCCACCAUGAACAUCGACGAGUCUAGCGUAACAGGCAAUGCGUCGGUUCUAGACUAUAUUUUCCGCCGCGAGUUGAAGUUCAAUUUCGGCGCAGCCAGGUUCCGCGAAGUCGUACGACUGGUCUUUGGCGACCAGCUCUCCCUCGCCCGCAUCCGCACUCUCAUCAUGCACCGCAUUGGCCACGACACACUUGCGACAUCCCAUGCCAAUCUUGUUCCCGGCCCUGGCCUGUUCCAUUACCAGCUUGCUCUCGUGCACGGUAUACUUGAGACUCAUUUCGGCGAGCCCAACCCUGAGUCUGGUGGAGAAGGUACCCUCAAUCCGGCAAGUAUCUCAUUCUUCAACAGUGUACUCGGGCGCAAACCCAUCUUCCUGUCCUCCCUGCCUCCCUAUCGCACUUGUCGUGACCUCAUCUUCACAUCUCUCACUGCUGCCGUCCUGUCCUGUCUCAAAACACUCACGAACGUCGACGACCUUGAGCAGCUUGCAUCAGAACUCACGUUCGAAGAGCUCGAAGCCCAUGCAUUGGAGAUCCACCAACGCUUUGACAUCAACACUGUGACCAUCCUGCGCGAGGAGCGCAACGCGCAGGUCGAAGAUCGCCUCGACGAACACAAGCGCGUACUCGAAGCUGCAGGCAAGAGCGACAAGGACGAACUUGAUUCCCCGUUCAAUCCCCUCGUCAAUCUCAACACAGGAGACAUGGUAUAUGAGAACACUGUCUUAUUCCUCCGUGACGCCCUCCUUCUACGCGAGUUCGAUGAUGCUAUCAGGGCUGGAUGUUCCGGCCGAAUUCUUCGCACUCUCAAAGUUCUCGCAUUCGCAUAUCGAGGGCUUGGCCGCACAAAGUACGCUCAUGAGGUGCUGCAUCUCGUGCACGGACUCACCACGGUCUGGCCGGAACGUUUACGCGUGAUCGUGCUCAAGAACUGGCUCGUGAACCCAACCAGGAUGGAGAACGCAUGGGUACCAGUUGAUCUGUUGCAGGAGCAUAUGAAUUUGAUGAUCAAGAGUAUCUACAAAGCCCGUGGCAGCAACAUGUCGUGGUCAUGGUUCGAGAUGAUCUCACCAUGCAUCAUCACCCUCCGCCAUCUCGCGACGCAAAUGAAUGCAUUCCUUGGAGACAAAACCGGUAACAAACACGCCUCCCCUGAGGCCUCUCGCGACGUUGCCUCGUUGCGGGAGUCUAUGGAGACACAUCGGAUUUUUGUCGUUGAGAAGGGACGGGUGCUUACUGGGAUGAAGAAGCCCGUGGUACCCAACGCCGUUGACGUUGGAUUCGAAGCAACACCGGGCCCCCUCGAAGAUUACAACAAGACGUUCGAACGGUUCCAGCCUUCGCAAGCAGUCAAUGACGGCCUCGAGGACAACUUUGAAGACGGCCCAUUGGGAGAAUGUGAUGCUGAGGGUCUGACUCCCGGUGAGCUCGAUAGCGCAGCCGCCUUCGCGCAGGAAGAAGUACCGGAUUCAUUAGAGGACGCUCUCGAGUACGACUAG